AUGCAAGGAUGGGAUGAUUGUAUUAAAGCAGGACUAAAAGAGGAUUCCACUGUCGCUUUGCUCUGGCAACAAAGAGCUUUACCGCUCUGGAAAACGCACAAAUAUGAACUUGCGCUGGAAUACUAUAACAAAGCAGUGCUAUAUGAUCGCAGAAACUAUCUGGGCAGGAGAGGGUUUCUGAAAUGUAUUUUUCAGAAGAAUUACCGGGAUGCAAUUGCAGAUAUGGAAACUGCCGAAAAAGAGUUCGGGUAUGGCUAUCAGAAUGAUCAUUCCUAUCGGUUCUACAUCGCACUAUGCCAUUUGCAAUUGAAUGAAUUUGAAAGAGCGGAACAGAUACUGCAAAAAGAAUUUGAAAAGGUAAUUAAAGAAAGAGGAGCAGACUGGAUUCAUUUGGAACUCUUUUAUAUGGGCGUUGUCCAGUACGAAUUGCGCAAAUAUGAUAAGGCCAUUUUGUAUUUUGACAAAGCCUUGUUUAUCUAUAAAAAUUUCUCUGAUGCCCAAUACUAUAAGGGGCUUUGCCUGCUGCAAAAAGGAGAACGGGAACAAGCGAAAACCAUCAUGUUAGCAGCAAAAUCCAAUUCUGAAAAAGGUUAUACCAUCAAUGAAGAUGAUUCAUUUUACGAAACUUACCCUUACCAGGUGAACUGGUUUAUGGCAAAAUGGAUGAUACCGGACUAUAAAUGA